AUGCCCCCUCUCAUCCGAGUCAUCGGCUCACUCAAUGCCGACAUGGUGUCCGUGACACCCCGAUUCCCAGACCCCGGCGAGACCAUCACCGCUUCAUCCUACUUCACCAGCGCCGGAGGCAAGGGCGCCAACCAAGCAGUCGCCUGCGGACGCAUGUCCAGAGCGCAAACAAGUACUACAAGCGACGUGCAGGUCGAGAUGCUAGGCGCCGUGGGCGCAUUGGACGGGCACUUCGAAGCACUACUGAAACCAACCCUCCAAAAGUCCGGCGUUGACCCGUCGCGCGUGCAGGUGGUGAAGAAUGCAUACACGGGUGUGGCGGUUAUUAUUGUCGACUCGUCCGCUGGCGGCGAGAACCGCAUUCUCUUUUCUCCGGGUGCAAAUUACACGGGCAUGCAGCCUACGCCGGAGAUACUAAGCAUGGGCCUGGCGGCACCCGUGCCGGACGUGAUCCUGAUGCAGGGCGAGAUCCCCGUUGAAACGGUCAUUGGCACAAUACGGGCUGUCAAGGCAUUCAGAGACCAAAACCGUGCUGCUGGCAAGCGCGGGAUCGAGUGCGGACCGGAUGUCAUGUUGAACCCGGCACCGGCACCACCAGGCGGUUUGCCAGAGGAUGUAUACAGCGCUGUCGACCAUCUCAUCCUGAAUGAAACGGAGGCUGAGCUGAUGACGCCGCCACCGGAACAGCUCCUGCGCAUUUUGCCCGACGCGGAGGGUCUAGAGGACAAGGAGAAGGUGGCACGGUAUUUCCACCAGCUGGGCGUGACCUAUGUGCUCAUUACCCUGGGCUCCAAGGGUGCUUGGUACAGUGCCGCAGAGCCUGGAUCGAGCGACGGGGCCCAGCGCUUUACGAACCAGAUCCCUGCCGCGCCCGUGUCUCGGGUCCUGGAUACCACGGCGGCAGGCGACACGUUCGUUGGUGCCUAUGCGGUCAAGGUCGCGCGCUGGCGGGAGCUCCGCCGCAGGGACGGCAAGGCCGGGCAGGAAUUGUCUGCGGCUGAGAAGCCGCAGCGGUAUCAAAACGUCAUGGACGAGGCGAUGCGCUUUGCGGCGCGUGCUUCAGCGCGUGCGGUGGAGCGUCAGGGUGCUAUGGACAGCAUUCCGUGGGAGGAUGAGAUUUGA